CCUGCCCUGCGCCCGCCCUUCCUUGGCGGGAACUGAGGCGGCUGAACCGGCCGUAGCACAUCAGUCGCCUUUUCAGGCCGCUCGGGGCUCCCUGAGCCUCGUAUUUUCAGGUUGAGGAACGGAGCUGAGACUGCGACACCGCCUCGCCCCCUCCCCGUCCGGGAACCCCAGGAACGAGCCGCUCGGCAGCGUCCUCGCUCCGGAGUCGGCGGCUGGGAGGCCCCGGCGUGGCCCGGGAACACGCGCGGAGAGCGGGGGAUAACAGGGUGAAGUAACCAUGCAGGCAUUUUUAAAAGGCACAUCUAUCAGUACUAAACCACCAUUGAUCAAGGAUCGAGGAGUAGCUGCCGCUGCCGGAAGUAGUGGAGAGAACAAGAAAGCCAAGCCUGUUCCAUGGGUGGAAAAAUAUCGUCCAAAAUGUGUGGAUGAAGUUGCUUUCCAGGAAGAAGUGGUUGCAGUGCUGAAAAAGUCUUUAGAAGGAGCUGAUCUCCCCAACCUCCUGUUUUAUGGGCCACCUGGAACUGGAAAAACAUCCACAAUUUUGGCAGCAGCAAGGGAACUCUUUGGGCAUGAACUUUUUCGAUUAAGAGUUCUUGAGUUAAAUGCAUCUGAUGAACGUGGAAUACAAGUAGUUAGAGAGAAAGUGAAGAAUUUUGCUCAAUUAACUGUAUCAGGAAGUCGUUCAGAUGGGAAGCCAUGUCCUCCUUUUAAGAUUGUGAUUCUGGAUGAAGCAGAUUCUAUGACCUCAGCUGCUCAGGCAGCAUUAAGACGUACCAUGGAGAAAGAAUCUAAAACCACCCGCUUCUGUCUCAUCUGUAACUAUGUCAGUCGAAUAAUUGAACCUCUGACCUCUAGAUGUUCUAAAUUCCGCUUCAAACCUCUGUCAGAUAAAAUUCAACAACAACGAUUACUAGACAUUGCUGAUAAAGAACAUGUUAAAAUUAGCAAUGAGGGGCUGUCUUGUCUUGUUAAAGUAUCAGAAGGAGAUUUAAGAAAAGCCAUUACAUUUCUUCAAAGUGCUACUAGAUUAACAGGUGGGAAGGAGAUCACAGAUAAAGUGAUCACAGACAUUGCUGGGGUAAUACCAGUAAAGACUGUUGAUGGAAUAUUUGCUGCAUGUCAGAGUGGCUCUUUUGACAAGCUAGAAGCUGUGGUAAAGGACUUGAUAAAUGAAGGUCAUGCAGCAACUCAGCUUGUAAACCAGCUUCAUGAUGUAGUUGUAGAAAAUGAUGCUCUUUCUGAUAAACAAAAGUCCAUCAUUACAGAAAAACUUGCUGAUGUAGACAAGUGCUUAGCAGAUGGUGCUGAUGAACAUCUACAAUUGAUUAGCCUCUGUGCUACUGUGAUGCAACAGUUAACCCAGAAUUGUUAAAACAACGUUCAAUUCAUACCAUUUUACAAUAAAAUAAUGAAAGAACCUUUAAAGUGAAUAUACAAUUUAUUUAACAUUCAAACUUCAUUAAGACAUGUGCAAUAUGGCAAUUUUACUGGGGGUUUAACCCUACCUAGGAUAUGAUUGCUUGCUGGGGCUUAGCAACAGGGUCCAGUUCACACUUAGCACUAAUUAAAUACUUUAUUGAAUAAAUACAAUACCAAACAAAAUGCAUUCAAAUGCUUCCUAAAAAAAAAUAAAAUCAAUUUUAAAGGCCUUCUAUUCAGGCUAAUGACAAACACAAUAAAGGCAGAUAAGCUAAUUUAACAUAAUUGGCUGAUUUUAUACAGCACUUAUAUCUUUUAGUCCACAAGUAUAUUAUUAAAUGAUAGAGAACAUCUAAUACAACCAUUUCUACAUAACUAGGAAAUAAAUUUCUAAGAAAAAAAGAUUUUACAGACCCCAUCUUUUGUACCCAACCCCAACAGUCUAACUCUAGAGGAUAAAGCCAAUGACUCUCCUCACAAGAGCUCACGACUAAAGUCGCUUUGCUAUCAAAAUCUGUAUUUCUGAUCCGUUAUGAGCAUUGAGACAAGAUUCAAAUAUUCCCAAAGAAAGAAGCACAAUGCACGUUGUGAUCACCUAGUCAGCAACAGCGAGCACUGCAUUCAAAACUAUCUCAUCCCGGGAAUUAAAUAAGGUCAGCCACAUUCAUGGGCAUUUCCUCCACUGUAGUAUUGUAGAAAGUCUCAAUGUCACGAAGAAUCCUCUUGUCUUCUUCAGUAACAAAGUUUAUAGCCACACCUUUCCUCCCAAAUCGACCCCCUCUGCCAAUUCUGUGUAAGAAAAGAAAAUAGCAAUUAGAAUGUUACUUCUAACAGAAUGCAUGAGUUACUGAACAUGAUGAUCCACUUGUUAACCAUCAGCUGCUGUGUUUACUUAUCAAGGUUAUAGUUCGUGCUUCUAAUUGGAGCACUAUCUGCUAAUCAAUAUCUAGAGGGAAAAGAAACCUUCCUUUGCAGUUAGUGCCAUAAGGAUUCAAAGCUUGUCUGGCUGCAAAAUGAGCCUUGAGCAUCAUUAUUUUUAAGGCAGAUGACAGUAUUGUGUUUGGGGUAGUGAAAUU